AUGCCAUUCAACUGCAGUGCCAGUCUGGCUACCUGCCCUGCCUGCGUUCCAGCCUGUGGCUGUAUCCUGCCAUCACAGCGCUGCGACGGUGUUUGGUACGACUGUGCUGAUGGCUCUGAUGCACAGUACUGCCCAGGCAAGGUCACACCAGCUCCAGGUCAAACCGACUGCCAGGUCCUGUCACCACCGGCACUGGGCUCAAUGACCGUGAACGGCUUGAUGUUCAGCAACACGACCACGUUUGUGUGCACAUCUCCCUAUGUCCUUAUGGGCUCGGCCGUGCGUACUUGUGAAAUCAACGGCCAGUGGAGCGGUGUGCAGCCAGCUUGCGUCCUGACGACUGCUGCUCUGAGUGCGGCCAGUGACGAGCUAGUCAAGGACUCCGUCUCAGAACGCAUGACACAAACGUCUCCCGCUCCAUGCCCAUUGUUGGAGCGACAGUCCUGGAAUCCAGAGUUGCAAGUGAGGUGGUGAUACGGCAAGCAGACGGUGGCAAAGUACGGCUUAAAAGCUCUACAUCUGGCAAGUGGCCGGCAUACCACCCCAAUGGACAUCGGAACAGUACACGUAGAGUAGCAUCUCUACGUGACAGGGUAUGAGCGCAAGUGAGUUCUUAUGCUCUACUAAUGUGCAUUGAUUCUGUGACUAUAGUUGGUGUACAGAUCUCAUCACAUGUGCCUUAGGUGGGAUUUGCUAUUGUCACUGUAAAAUUCAGCCCUAACAAACAGUGUGAUGGAUGAAUUUGACUCCAGGUAUCUGCUUUUGGGAAUGCCAUGUAUGCAUGUCUGGCGUGCUGCUGCUAUAAUGUUGUGGCAGCAGCAUUUUGGUGCGAUGGACUGUUCUUGUAACGGUGUACCUACCCAUUUGCUGUUGCCGGAUGCCGUGUUUUGUCAGUUGUGCCUGUUUGAAGGUGCCAGGCCAGCUUGUGUUGGUGCGUUCCCGUUAAGUUGCCAGGGCACCAUAUUUGUAACGGCGUUCCCGUUUUGCUGUUGUGGGGCUGUGUUUGUAUCGGUGUGUUCCCGUUGAAGUUGACGGGCACCACGUUAGUGGAUUGUGCCUGUUUGAAGUUACCAGGCCAAUCCUGUAACGCACACCCGUUUGCUGAUAAUUGGGGACAUGUUUGUCCAUUUUGCUCGAGAUUCACAUGGCUGCGCCAGUUGCCUUGUGCGGAUUAGACUGUUAUCUGGCACUAGUCUUGAUCUGUUUUAUUCAGAUUCAGAUCAGCUAUUGUUCCUAUACGAGAAAAUCUGUGGGUGCACAUCCAAUUCAUUUACAGAUUUGC